AUGGUUCCAGGAAUAAUACGUGAAACUUUCCGAAACUUCAUGAGCUAUACCAGUAUCCACGGCCUAGGUCGACUCUCCGAGGCGCGUUACUGGAUACAGAAAAUCUUCUGGUUUGUCGUCUGUCUGACCUCCUUCAGUGCAUGCACUUAUCAAAUAACCAAACUCGCAGCACAGUUCAGGAGAAUACCUCUGAACACCAAAAUACAGAUAGUUCACGAAAACCAAGUUUUCCCUGCCGUUACAUUCUGUGACCUAAAUCCACUCCUUUACUCGGAGGUAAAGAAAUGGCCACCAGUGUUUCAAAUUAUCGAAGAACUAUCGGAGUUUUGGGAAAUAAAUCUGACCCAGUUUCAGAAUCCGGCCUAUAGUGAGGUACGUGAUGUGGAUAGUAGUGAGGGUUUUUAA